AACAACCGUAAAACCGCCAUCGUGUAUUUUAUGAACGUUAGAAUAUUUCACUGUUAUGACCAUUAAUACACGAUGAAGAGGAGGAGUGUAGAAGAUGUUUUUGUUCAUGUCGAGUCUGCUGUGAUGGGGGAGAGAGGGCUGCUCAUCCUUCUGCUUGCAGGGUUUUGUGUGCCUGCAUACAACCAGAUCAGAAAACACGUGUUUGUGGAAACUAAGAAGAGUUGGUCUGAAGCUCAGAGGUACUGUAGAGAGAAGCACACAGACCUGGCCACUGUGCGCAGCCAGGAAGAAGCAAAGCAGCUCUUAAAUAUUACAGGAGCUUCUCUCUGGGGUUCCUGGAUCGGGCUGUAUCGUGAUGACACACAGAACUGGCAGUGGUCUAACAGCGAUGAUGUCAUCUACUCCAACUGGAGGGCAGACGUCUUCUGUGCUUCAGUCAAUUCAGACGGAAAGUGGACUGAUUUACCCUGCAACCUUCAGGAAGCCUUCAUGUGCUACAAAGAGACCAGCAACAUAACUGAGAGAUACACCCUGAUUGAAGAACUGAAAACCUGGACUGAAGCUCAGCAGUACUGUAGAGAACACCACACCGACCUUGUCAGUAUAAAGAACGCCAGUGAAAAUGAAGACCUAGUGAAGAAAGCGCAGGGCAAGCCCUUCUGGAUAGGCCUGUUCAAUGAGCCCUGGAAGUGGUCACACCAGGGGGAUAACUACACAUUUCACAACUGGAACUAUGGGGAACCAAACAAUAGGGGAGGGGAUGAGAACUGUGUGAUGAUGAGUAAGACUGGUGAAUGGACUGACACUGGCUGCAAUUAUCAGAACUCCUUCUUCUGCUGUGAGGGCGGCUCCUCUGGUCAGUGUUUCUAUGAAGGAACUGGGAAGACAUGGCAGGAAGCUCAGAGCUACUGCAGAAACCAAGGUAGAGACCUGCCCACCAUUCAAGACCAGGCCAGGGUUAAUGAGCUUAUAGGUCUUAUACCUUCAUAUAGUAACUGGUAUUGGAUUGGGCUGCAUCGUGAUAAAGAGAACUGGCAGUGGUCCAGUGGAGGUGAUGUCAUCUACUUCAACUGGGGACGAUACCUCUUCUGUGCUUCAGUCAAUGCGGAGGGAGAGUGGGAGGAUUCACUCUGCAGUCAGGGAAACUAUUUCAUGUGCUACAGCGAGACCAGCACCAUCACUGAGAGAUACACCCUGAUUGAAGAACUGAAAACCUGGACUGAAGCUCAGCAGUACUGUAGAGAACACCACACCGACCUCGUCAGUAUAAAGAACGCCAGUGAAAAUGAAGAAAUAGUAAAGAAAGCGCAGGGCAAGCCCUUCUGGAUAGGCCUGUUCAAUGAGCCCUGGAAGUGGUCACACCAGGGGGAUAACUACACAUUUCACAACUGGAACUAUUGGGAGCCAAACAAUUGGGGAGGGGAUGAGAACUGUGUGUUGAUGAGUAACACUGGUGGAUGGUUUGACUAUAGCUGCCACUUUCAGUUGCCCUUCUUCUGCUGUGAGGAUUCAGACCCCACAAGCCCCCCUUCCACUCCGGUCGAUUCAGACCCCACAAGCCCCCCUUCCACUCCGGUCUCUCAAGAAGCAGAAUCCUCGAGGCCCCCUUCCACUCCGGUCUCUCAAGAUUCACACCCCACAAGCCCCUCUUCCACUCCAGUCUCUCAAGAUUCAGACCCCACAAGCCCCCCUUCCACUCCGGUCUCUCAAGAAGCAGAAUCCUCGAGCCCCCCUUCCACUCCUGUCUCUCAAGGCACUCCAGUCCCUGAGGAGCUCCACCUGAUCUCUCACAGUAUGGUCUGGCCGGAGGCUUGGCAGUACUGCAGGGAUCGCUACACUGACCUAGUGAGCCUCACAAGCCUGGCUGCACAGAACAGAGUGUCGGAGCUCGUCAGGAACAGCACUGCAUCGCGAUUCUGGAUCGGCCUGCACAGAACUGUUGUGUAUGAUAACUGGUACUGGGUUGCUGGUAAGGAUAAGAAGGCCCGUCUAAACUACACUAACUGGGCCCCCGGGGAGCCCAACAAUCCUUACUAUGAGCACUGUGGGGAGAUGGUGCUGCGGGAGGAUGGGGGGGCUGAGUGGAAUGAUCUGUGCUGCUAUGAACAGCUCCCCUUUAUCUGUUUCAAAGAUUAAAAACAUCCUGAAAAGCUUUUACAGCAGUGGCUCUCAAACUAUCUCCAGCUGGGACCCCUUUUAAAGGCACUUUAGUCUGAAAAAAAACAUUUACUAAGAA